UAAUAGGCUAUUCACACUGACGACCAUCCACCAUCCACCAUCCAUUUCGGGGAUGGUCCGAAAUAGGCUAUUCACACUGACGACCAUCCACCAUCCAUUUCGGGGAUGGUCCGUAAGGUUUUGCCGUUCCGAAAAUUUCCCAGUUAGUCCACCAUCCAUUUUGGAUGUUCCUAAACCGCACGUUUCUAUGCGAUAGUUAGCCGAUGGUUUUCAAAUGCAACUCUGAAUAAUUGUCAUUCACAAUGGAAAAAUGGUAUUCACUGCGAAAACGUAAACAAUGAUUGUGACAAAAUUAACAAAAAACAAAAACAACAACAGAACAGCUCGGAAGGACAGAUACGUUGAAUAGAUAUAUUUGUUUUUUAUUGUUUAUAAUAUAUAAUAUUAUUACACAAUGCAGCAAACAAGAGAACAACAGCAGGCGGCAGGGUGAAAUGGAGUGCCGCGCUUGAGAGCCUGCUGAUUGACAUAUGGAAGGAGAAAAUUGAAGAUUUGCGCGGACCACGCGCACAUGUGUAAAUUAAGUUGUCCGCAUGUCCAAGUAGCCUUAGCUGCUUGAUGCGGUGGUCCUCGUGCGGGUUCCGUGGUAUACAAUCCUUUAUGAAGAUUAUGUUGGAGAGAUAACUGUCUCUCUUAUCACUGGCCUUGUGGUACAGUGGUAUAGAAUUAAUAAUUCAAAGUGUUUACGGCUGGUUGCCGGAGCAAGGUUUAUUAACAAGCGUUAGCUUUCGUUAUAAGAACAGAACUAAAACUAGGAGCCACCAGCAAGCUGGGGCAUAAGCUGAAUCAAAAUUAUUUAAUUGCCAAAGAAUGCAAAGCUACAAAAUAUAUGUACUUAGAGCUACAAAGCUACAGUCGGUAAGCCGACUUGGCAUAAGCGAUAAUGCUGAUCUUGCGGCAUGUGCAAGAUAUCAGAUUACCGCCGGUUGACCGUCACAUUCAGGGCGCUGAACUGAAGUUCGCUGAUUUGGCAUCUUGAGUGCAAACAACAUGGAGCAGAGCACAUUGGACAACGACAAUACUGAUGAGUACUUUUCGGAUAUUAUUGAGAUGGACCUGGACGGAUCUUGUAGCUCCAGCACCUUGUCUGGGCGUCCGCCAAAGAAAAAGAAAAAGACCGACAUUUCGUGGCUGGCAGAGAUCGCCCAGGAGCGUCUCGAACAACAAAAGGACCACCACAGAAAGAAGGAGGAGCACGACGUUAGGCAGGAAAAGAUGGUGCAGGACUUGAUCAGCACCCAAACAAAAUUCCAGAACGACUUAUUAGAAGUUUUAAAAAAUAAAAAUAAAUAAGUUUUUAAUUUUCA